AUGGCCCUGCGCGGCUGCCGGGCUCCGGGGCUCAGGCUCAACCUCCCACCGAGACGCGGAGACGCCGAGACGUCGCGAUGCCGCGCAGACGCGGAGACCGAGCCGGCGCGGGGCCUGCAGCCGCCCCAGGGGCCUGGCGGCCCUGCCGUCCCCCAGAGCUGGGGAGCGCAGGGGCAGCAUCCUCUUGGCUGGCGGCCGGGGCUUCCCAAGGACCCUCCCUGUGGCUGGACGUUCUCGGCCCCUGAGCGGGCUGUCAGCUCCGUGGAGGCGCGGUCGAGCUGCACCGUCCUCCACGGCGACUGGGGGCCCAACGGUGGUGAGUCGGGCUGCGCCAGGCAGGUGCUGAGGAGCCGGUCAGGGGCCACGGUGCCUGCUUGGCCUGACUGCCACGGCGGCGCCGACGGCGCAGGGCGCCCGGGCAGUAAAGACCCGCAGGUCAUCAGCUCUGACUCGGGACGUCGUUCUGAGCGACGUGAAGUUCGUGCAGGCAGCGUGCCGGCCGGCGGCCCGCAGUGGACACGGCCAGGGGCCAGGCUGCCCCCGCCGGCCCUCACAGCGCGCUUCUCAGUCCCGCAGGUGCCCACGAUCACCCGGCAGUCCGGCGAACAGGUCGCCCUCCCCUUCGACGAGCACUUCUUGAUGGAGUGCGAGGCCACCGGGAACCCGCAGCCGCAGUUCUCGUGGACAAAGGACGGGAAGCCCUUCGACCUGUCUGACCCCCGGAUCGUGGUGUCCAGCGGCUCGGGCACGUUCACGAUCCCCAACGACGGCCACGUGGCCGCCUUCCAGGGCAAGUACCGGUGCUUCGCGGCCAACCGGCUGGGCGUGGCCAUGUCGGAGGAGAUCAGCUUCGUGGUGCCAAAUAUCCCGAAGUUCCCGAAGGAGAACAUCGAGCCCCUGGAGGUGGAGGAGGGGGACCCCGUCGUGCUCCCCUGCAGCCCGCCCCGGGGCCUGCCCCCGCUGCACAUCUACUGGAUGAACAUCGGUGAGUCCGGCCUGGCACCGGCGGGGGGCUGCACUCAGGGCCGUCUGUCCUGCUCUGCCGCAGCCAACUCCAUCAAGCAGAGGAAGCCCCGGCUGCUCCUGCCGCCCGCCGAGAGCGGCCCCGAGACCUCCGUCACCGUGCUCAAGGGCCACACGCUGCUGCUCGAGUGCUUCGCCGAGGGGCUCCCCACCCCGCGGGUGGAGUGGAGGAAGACGGGGGCCGACCUGCCGCAGGGGAGAGAGGCGCAGGGGAGCUUCGGCAGCUCGCUGCGGAUCGAGGCGGUGACCGGCCGGGACGGGGGCACCUACCGCUGCACGGCCAGCAACGCCCUGGGCGCCGCCACCCACGACUUCCGCGUCGCCGUGGAAGACAUGCCCCCCCUGAUCCAGACGGCGGACGAGGAGCGCUACGCGGCGGUGGUGGGUCGCGGCGCCACGCUGCACUGCCAGUUCUUUGCGUCGCCCCAGGCGGUGGUGACCUGGCAGAAGGUGGAGGCGGCGCGCGCCCUGGCAGGCAGCCACUACGUGGUGCACGAGAACGGCUCCCUGCACAUCCCCAGCGCCUCGGCGGACGACGCGGGCGCCUACUCCUGCUGGGUGGAGAACGCGCUCGGGAAGACGGCGGUCACCGCCUCCCUGGACGUCCGCAGUGAGUGCCGGGUCUCCCGCGCCCGCUGCUCUCCGCGUCCCCGCUGGAUCCUCAUCGACGGGGCGACCCUGACACUGUCCAACAUCACCCUGCAGGACCAGGGCGCCUACUCCUGCUCAGCCCACACGGCGCUGGACAGCGCUGUGGACGUGACCCAAGUGACUGUCACGGGUAGGUGCCGCCAGAGCCCCGGCUCCUGCUGUCUGGCCCAGUCGUCUCUUGCGGUGACGGUGCCCUCCGAGGUGCAGGCCUCCUGCAGCUGCCCACAAGCGCGCCCCCAGCCACAUGCUGUCCGCUCCUCUGGCCUUGCAUGGUGGGUGGACCAUGUGGGCCAGUGCAAGGGGCCGGUGCUGGUGCUUCCCGCCGGGUCCCCAGGACCCCCAACCCCCACCAGGCUGCAGAGCUGUGGCCCAGGAGUGGGGGCAGCAGCGUCUGCAGAGCGCGGCGGCCUGGACGGCGCCUUCGCCACGCAGGGCUGGUUCAUCGGGCUGCUGUGCGCCGGGGCGCUGCUCACGCUGGCGCUGCUGACCGUCUGCUUCGUGAGGCGGAACAAGGGCGGCAAGUACUCCGUGAAGGAAAAGGAGGACCAGCACCCCGACCCCGAGGGCCAGUCAGGGAAGGAGGAGACGUUUGGUGACUACAGGUAGCCCCUCCGCCCCCUUCGAUGGCACCCCCGAAGCAGUUCGGCGGCGGGCGCGUGGGGGGGGCGGCCAGCAGGGUCGCUGACCCGGGGAGAGGCAGGGGGCCGGGCGCCUCUGCAUGGGGGUCUCCCUCGGCACAGGCCCCAUCUCUGCGUGCAGCGACCGCAGGGCAGAGGCGCCGGCCUGCAGGUGGCCGGGGACUGCCCAGGACUAAGGUCCCUGCUCCAGCUAAGUCUGUCCGGGAGGCGCCGCCCCUGCAGCCGCCGGCGGUCUCCGGCACUGGGCCUCGCGCCCGGGGCGGCCCUCCCGUCCUGGGGCUUCCU